AUGUCAAAUGCAACUCAUUCGCGGGUGCCCCUUGGAACGUUCGUUGAAUUCCAAGUGGUGAUACUAACAAAUGAUGAAAAUCAUUUUUCGAGUGAAUUAUGUGAUAGUACUUGUAAGGGAUUAAUAAAGAUAAGCAAUAGAUGUAUGAUUUAUUAUAUUCUUAAAAAUAUAAUUGAACAAAAAUUAAAAUAUAUUACUAUUGUGGUGAAUCAGAAGUACUAUGAAGAUAUGGUUACAUAUAUAAAUGAUACAUUCCCGGAUAAUUACAAAUUUGAUGAUAAGAAAAAUAAAAAUAAUUAUUGCAUAGAUGUUGAAGCUUGUACAACUAGUGGUAACCACGAAGUGGGAUCCAUUCAGUCUCUACUCCAGAUAAGAAGUAAAAUAAAGUCCGACUUCAUAGUAGUCAACUGCGAUAUCCUGGGCUUCGUCGAUUUCCACUCCUUGGCAAACCUUUUUAGAGGGGAGAACGCCAUAUGCGCUUUAUUAUUACUGGAAGACAGUGAACCAAAUUCUAAUAAAAAAAAAAAAGAAAUAAAAGAUGAAUAUGCAAACUUAGAAAACAAUGUAUGGGUUUGUAUUGAUAAGAAUAGUAAAGUGGUUAGCAUAAAAGAUACAUUAUCAAUGAAACAGAAUGGAAAGCUAAAAAUUAGCAAAAUAAAUUUAUUAUUUCAUAAAAAAUUUAUAUUAAAAACAGAUUUGAUAGACAGUCAUGUGUAUAUAUUUAAAAAUUACGUACUUGAUAUAAUGGAAAAUAAAAAGAAUUUCUCGAGCAUCAAGUAUGAUCUGAUACCCUAUCUAGUGAAGAUACAAAACACGCGAAGGGCGGCAGAGUACUACUUAGAAGCCGAAUUUAAAUUUAACAUGUACAAGAAGUUGAUUAAUAAAUACGAGGAGGGAGAAGAUGUUAACAAAGAAGGAAGAAAGGACAAGAUCAUAGAUAACUUGGUUGAUAAGCAUGAAAAUGUCGAGAGCGUUGUUUGCUACGUGCAGCCGAAGACGAAUGGGUUUUGCCAGAGGAUCAACAGCAUACCUAAUUUUUUCAAAGCGAACUUACUGUUUUGUGUUUCUAGACACGAUCAGCUUAAAAACGUAUUGCCGCCAUAUUGUUUUUUUCUCCUAAGCGACAAGAAUCAAGUCUACAAGGAUUGUAUAAUAAGCAGCCAAUUUGAAUAUGAAGAGAACGUACACUUGAAAAAAUCAGUCCUAGGUAAAAAUGUGAAGAUAAAAAAAAAUUCCUCAAUGAGCAGGAGUAUAUGCAUGGACAACAUAACUAUAAAUGAGAACUGCACUAUCCAGAAUUGUAUUAUUUGCCAAAAUGUCGUUAUUGAGCAUAAUUGCAAGUUAACUGAUUGCAUUGUACGAGAAAAUAGCAUAAUUGAGAAAGACAGUAUCUUUGAGAAAGAGACACUUCCUUUAUUUAUUUCAUAA